UCUUUUGAAUUUUGAGAAUGUGGAUAAGCCUCCAUCAACGAUUUGGCUGAUUUGUCCCCUCAUCCACCUCGCAAAUCCCAACCUUUCCAAUCAAAAGAGGGGUCACAGUAAUUGCAGUGCUUCUUGACACUCAACAAUGGAGGUGGGUAUGUCUUUAAACGCACUAAUUCGACUACCCAUAUCGAAUUCAAGAACCCAAGAGUGUGUUCUCAUCAGACACUCACUCUUCUCAUCUCGCUCGACCCAAAACCCAAUUCAUCACAAACAACAAACCCUUUUCGUGGUUGAAGCAAAGGGCAGGAGAGGAGUGGGUAAUCGUCAGUUCCAACGCCCACCACCUCCUCCUUUGCCCAAGAUUGAGGACGAUGGCAACCCUCGAUUUGUCAUCUUCAUUCGCAUGGCCAAUGUUAAUCUUUGGUAUCCUCUAAAUAUUGUAACGGGUGGCACGACUGCAAAAAUUAUGGUUGCUGCUAAAGAUAAUUUUAUGGGGAAAUAUAUUUACAAGGAUACCCUGGCUAGAAAUCUUGCCGCAGUCAUUUAUAAAGACGAGAAGGAGUUACAGAAGACAGCAAUUAAGCAGUUUCGUGUGUUAAGAUCAGCAACUGAGUUUAGAUAUGGCUACAAACUUGUUGAAGGUAACAAUCUGAGAGCUGCGCUUUCUACCUCAGAUGUUAUUGAGCUUCCAACGCCAGAUAAGCUUAAAACAGUGUUCGAUAAUGUGAAGGACUUCUUUGGGGAUGCCAAGGAAUCUUUUGGGAAGCUGACAGCCAUAAAUUCAGCAACAACAGAGGAGUCAGAGGAAAAACCCAAAGAAAAAUCCAAGGUCAAAGGCUGAAGGCAAAGAAGAAUGGGUAUUUUCUCUAUUAUGAGGUUAGAAGGCUUCAUAUGUUACAUUACCACUCAACCAGCACACGGAGCGAGGUGCUGUACGGAACAAUACUACACAUUUUGUUCACAUGUCUCUUUUCAUAAAAGAAAAUUUUUGUGUCUUUUGUGACUUUCGUCAAUUACAUUCAUACAGAAACUAAGUAUCUACUUGUUCUUAUCCA